UGUGUGUUAUUUAAUUAUUACAAAAAAGUUUGUAUAUUGACUAUGCCGACAACUUUAGUUUAUUUUACGCAAUCUUUUCUUUCGAUUUUCAUCUCUUCUGGGAUUCAACUGUUUACAUUUGCUCCUCACAAUUAUACAAAGCACUUAAAAAACGUGAUUUGCUUGUGACGGUUUAUUUCAAGGAAAAAAAAAAUUUAUCAUCUUUAUCAUAAACUGUAUCAUCACCUUUUUCUUCUAUUCGGGCGGAGAAAUGGAUGACGCAUGUAGACCGCUACAGCCAAUGACAGCUCGAGUUUGGAAAGUCAACUGUGAAGCGCCAAGUGUUUGAGCUCGGAGAAUAGAAGAAAAUGGCGAUGUGUACUCUGUUGUAGUUGGUACUUUUAAUGUUAAUAUUUUAUACAUAGUCCAUGGUUUUCACUUAUUGAGGACGUUGGAAAAUCGUUUAUUAGACAUUGUGUGAUUCUUUAUAUAGAGUUAGUUUGGGGUUUGUUCCUCCACUGUGCUAACUAUAUCAUCAUUUUUGAUGUUGCUAAUGGAGCAAGUUACCUAGCUAUCUAAGUAAACAGCCAUGCAGUCUCCACUUUUAUACGUGUUUUAUCGAGCCAGGCUUAUUGUGUAGAUAUUAUUAUUAAUACUACAGUUGACAAAUUAGAAAGUAUUUCUUACCGAAUGAAUGAUGGCCGCUCAUAACGUUGUUUUUGCUAUCGAUGUCGACUCUCGUGCUGAAACGCUCAGCCUUCAGACAGACGUGUACCUCAGUCACGUAAAGCAGUGGAUACUGAAGGUUCUGCUUUCACUGGGCAGUAAGUAUGGUUUCGAGAACGUGCGAUGGGGCUACAAGUUUUUCCAUUCAAGAAGUGUAAAAAGUGCAAGUCUUAUACCAAGAGGCACUGAUUUCAAAGAACUGCAAGAGAAAGCGUUCAGCGAUUUUGAAGACGAACUGAUCCAAAAAGUUGGUGGCAGUCAGAAGUCUUCUGAUAUUCAGCACAGAUUGCGAUGUCCGAGUCCAGCGAUGUGUGUGCAGAACACAUUAAAGGAGACUCUCCUGGACUUCCAGUGGGACAGACCAGACAUCACUUCUCCCACGAAACUCUCAUUACGACCCAGAAGGUCAACUAGGAACACAACAAAUAUUCCCAUGGCAGAUGAGGAUGUCUCAUGCCAAGGAGAAAAUGUUGUGUUUCUUGUCUCGGAGUGUCCAUAUUCCAGUAGAGAGGUGUUGGAGUUCUUGCAGCUGCGCAGCGGAAACUCUGGUGGUCAAAAGGAUUUGCAUGAGCUUAUUCUACCAAAGGGUCUGAUAGACAUGCUGAUUUAUCGGAAAGUUGUCCUGCACUGGGCCGAUUGCAGGUCUUUUCAGCAGGUUGAUGAUCAGGCUGAUGACCUCACUGGCUUGACGACCAUAAUGGAGGCACUGCAGCUUGUAGCUGGAAAAGUGAUCCCUGUAUUCGCCCUGGGUAUUACCCCAAAGCAUAAAGUUCCUAACUCAAGCACUAGGGACAAGCUUGCCUUUCCAACUGGCUCAAGAACAGGAUAUGUUUUGUCUUCUGAAAAGACUUACAAGCGAGCUUUCCCAGCUUUCACAGGGACCCUUUGCUGGGGUGCAGAUGAGGACAAACAGACCUGCAGUGUUUCAAUGGAGCCUAUGGCAUGCAGACAAAGGUGUCUGUGCGCUCCUGUAGAGGUGACUCUUAGAUGUGUGUUACGUGGCCUGGACACCUCCUGUCUCAGACAGUCAGCUUCAGAGUGCUGGGUCCUCUCUUGUCCACAAAAACCACAGCAAGACCAAGUUGCGUUUCAAAGUCUCUUCAAUGAGCUUUCCGUUUUAGCUUCUGACAUGUUAGCUGAGGUCAGUGAAGGAGGGCAGGUCCACUCUGCAGUACUGUCAGUAUUGUCCUCUAAUCUGGCUCUUCUGACAGUUCUCAACAGUAUCGAAGCUCUGAGUGCAUGCCUCGUUCCCUCAGAAACUGGAGACCUUCUUGACACCUCAGAGCUACCGGACAUUGUCAGUAGUGUUCUCAAGGACGUCAUGAAAGACGAUGAUACCUCAGAACAACCAAUUCAGAUUCCUGAGUGGGCAACUCAAGAGCUUCAGCAGCAGACUAAUCACACAGCAGAGCUUACAGAGGGCUGGUUUCCUCUAUCUGACCAUUCUGGGAUUAGUUGCCAUUUGAUGGAGUCAAUGAGGCUUCUGCAUGCUGCUCCAGAGGAACAAGAACAAACAGAUGAUGAUACUCAGGAGCUGACAAACAGCCUGGCAGAGCUCUAUAAAAACAAUAAAGUUGGUCCCAGCAGUGGCUUGAAAGGGAAAAAAAGAGGUACUCAGCGUACACCAGUUCGCCAGAAGAUGAAGACUAUGAGUCGCUCUUUGCAGAUGUUGAAUGUUGCACGCAUUAAUGCAAAAGUACAAAAGAGUCAGACAGAAGCAGAUUCUUCCAUCACCGCCAAAGGCACAGAGAAGAGAGGCAAGAGAAGCUCCAGUGAAAGGACCAGACCAGGUCCCCUGCAUUUUAAAAAUGAAGAGGAACUGCUUUCCCAUCUGAGCCUGAGAUAUCAACAGGCUGUGGAGGAUAAGAGUGUCACUCUUGUCACUCAAGUGCAGGAUCUGCUUUCAGUGGUGGAAAGUUUCGUGAAAAGUAACGUCACUACCGGGGCUUCAUUCAUAAAUAUAAUCAAGAAGCACCUCUUAAGAAGCACCCAGUCUAUUCGUCAGCUCUAUGAAAGUAAUGAAGAUGCUGAGAGUAAAAUUAGAGAUUGUCAGCUACAAGUUGUCCUCAGACUUGAGCUGUGUAAACCGCUUUCUUCACCUGAUCAAGAUCAUGUGGAGGAGAUGGUGGAGGAGGUUGCUGGAAUGCUACGUGUGAUAUCUCUCACAAAGGAUCCUGUUUACCUUUCAAAGUUCAUGCAGGAGGAGGUCAUACCAUUGUACCUGACUGGCAUACCUAAGGUCCUGGCAGAUGUCUACCACAGUCUUGGCACUCAGCUGCCUGAAAUACUUGUUGCAGUUCUGCCUUCUGAUUUCUUUAGUGAUGACUCCAUGGCAAAGGAAAGUGUCUCUGUAAGUCCUUCACAAGUGUCAGCAACACAGAGCCUAGUCUCCAGUGUCGGAGAUCGGCUUGAAGAGUUACGCAAUCGCUCAGCUAAAAAGAGAAGAACCAGCAUGCUUACACGUCAUAAGAGUAUGACUGAGGCCUCCCAAAACCUUCGGCAAAUAGAGAUGCCCAGAAAAUCCACAAGACAAGCUAAGCCAAAGGAAUGUGUUCCUGCAGAGAAGUGCAAUGUAGGAGGCCAACCAACUCAAAAACAAACAGUUCAAGAAGUGACAAAGGUGCGGAGAAACCUUUUCAACCAAGAGACAAUGUCUACCUCAAAGAAAACAAAAAUGCCUCGGAGCCAGUCUGUAUCAGCAGUAGAUGUAAUAAAGAAAAGGAAGCGGUCACAGAUGGAAGAUGGACCACACAAUUUAUUAACAAAAAAAGUAUCUGAGACCCCCCUUCAUAAGCAGGUAUCAAAUCGUCUGUUACAUAGACAGAGAAAUAGCAGGAAUUCAGGUGACACUGAUCUGAUCAUUGUUGAGGAGUCUCCAGUUAAACCUGCUACGGAUUUGAGGAGAAGUCCUAGAAUUAAAAAACUUGAAAGGAGACAUUCCAGUGUCUUUUAUUCAAGCUCACAACCACGGUCCCGAAAUUUGGACAGAGCACUGUCCUCUUCACAGGUCCCAGUCUCGGAUAGCAAAGGUGGUAUUAAUAUUAAAGCGGUUAAGUCACCAAUGAGACUUCUUUUUGGUGCGGCCGUGUCGCCCGCUCGCCCUUCCACAUCCAGAUCGACCAUUAGAAACACCAAAGUUGAUCGGCUUGAAUCUACAGAGUCUGUCUUUGAGAACUGCAAUAAAACUCCACGAAAAUCUCCAUACAAACAGCUGGCUUCUUCGUUUGGGAGCAGAACUCCCAGGACCCCCACUUCUUCCACCAAAGGUCAAAACUGUUUCUUCCCUAAGAGCCCAGGCUGUGCUGUUGGAGAACACAGCAUGGUCCUUAAAGGAAGUCCAUCUAGAUCUCCUGCAUCAAAAUGCUUAGUGCUAGAAACACCAAAGAAAAGCCCACUAAAAGGCAUUCUUAAAACCCCUGUGAAAAGCUUUAUGGAAUGUGGCUCCCCUUCUGGCCCCAUUGUUAGAAGUCCCAACGUGAAAACCCCAAGGAAAAGUGUAACUUGGUCUCCAUCUCCAUGGAAAGGAUUGCCAGAACAACACUUUAAAGUCCCAGAUUCUCCAGUUGCCUCCAUAAGAUAUUCCCCAAGAUUGAUCACACCAAGCAAACUUGGCCGAGAUCAAGGUGGUAUUUUCAAAACUCCUGAGAAAUCAAGUCAACACAAAAGCAAUGUGUCCCCUAAAACAUCACUAAGUGUGCCUGAGGUUAGAAGACAUGUUGCCACUGAAGAACCAGAGCUGAGUCAGAGGUCAGAGAAAACUAGAAGAACAUUACAAUUGCAGGGGAAAGAUGACCCACAGAGUCCAAAUAAUAUUUUUUAUGAUCAUCAAUCACCACCAACACCAGGAAUAAAAACACCUAUUAAAAGCCCUGGACCAACUCACACAAUGUGCACUCGUUCUGGAAGAACACCUCCUAAACAUUCAGCUACUCAGCCUCUUGACAAAGCUAAAGGCUUAAGCGAUAAAAUUUCGCUUCAAAAAGAGGGUUCACCAGAAUCAACUCUUAGAUCACCAUCAUCUGGCAGCGAUUCAUCUGGUAGCACAAAUCAUCCAAAUACUUUGUCAGAUGAGACUGAGCAUAACCAGGCAGUACAUCAUACCACAACAAAAGGCAUUGAUGGACAGAAUGAAAGCUUUCAGAUGAUGGAGGAGGCAUCUUCUUCAGACACGCAACAGCUUGAUUCAUCACAGUUCAGUGCUACUUCUACAGAAGAGAGCAUUGAUAUUGCAGAAGCCUCUGUAGUGAAGACUGAAUUAACCGGUGGUAUUAAGAUGAACAUUUCCUUCUCACGGAAGCCAUCUAAAUCCUCAGAGGUUUUUGAAUUCACAGGCACACCAGCAUUUCCUGCCAAAAUCAAGCAAGCGUGUAGUAGAUACGGCUUUCGUCAGACUCCAGAUCGACAACAAAGAAAGGCAGCAGCGCGGCUUGGAUAUUCACCUGGGUUUCCAGUGUUCUCUCAUCCACAAGCCUCGGGAACACCUGUGCAUCGAGAGAAGCAGCCUGUUGAAUCAAAUCCUCUUACUUAUCAAGUAGAACUGGAAAUGCAGGCAUCAGGUUUGCCUAAGCUUAAGUUCAAGCGUACUGACUCUUUUAAUUCUGGCGAAACAUCUGAUGCAACUAAAGGGCUGGUUUCACAUAUAAAUAGCAAGCCUUUAAGAGUUGAUAGCCCACUAACACAUUGUUCAAAGCAUCGAGAACCUAGCUGUAUAUCUCCACCUCAUUGCACACCUGGGAAAGGAAGUGUCCAGAAAUAUAUAUGCCAGUCAAUUACUCCUACAAGGCUGCUUACAAAUAGCCCUUCUCCUCUGGGUGCUGGGGAACACGUGCCUUGGACACCGUCUCCUCAGAGCCUAGGAAGGUCAACACCAGAGAACUUCAGGACUUGGCCUCGCAAGAAAAGGGCAAGGACGGGAUUGCUGGGGACCAAGGAGAGCAAGGAAGGGGCUGACAUCUUGGAAGACCCAGAACUUGAUGGUGUGUUCAGACUGCCAGGGGCAGAAGAACCUAAGGAGUUAAGGGAUGUGCCUGCUUUUAAGUACACAGGUAUUCCAUCCAAACUUUGUUCUUCAGAGGAGAAGGACUGGACAGAAUCUGUGGUCCCUAACUGUGACAAAAGAGACAAUAUGAAAUGCAGUGAGUUAUCAUGGAUAAGUGGGACAGGAACUUUUGGCUCAGUGGUCACCCCUCCACACUCCAAAGUGAAGAAACCGGUUUCUGCUAGUGGAAUUUUUGCUCUCACACAGUCACCCCUUUUAUACAAAGGGAAAAAGGCCUCUGUUACCAUGGAAACCACACAAUCUGACGAAUCAAGUGGAAACUCAGAGCAGUAUGGUAGUAAAGGCAUGCACACGUUUAAUGUCUCACCUCUUAGCCAACCACGGAAGCGCCAGUCUUGUGGUAGGACAUACAGCCGGAAGAGACUGCUGGAUCAAUAAGGUUUUGACGAACCUUAAUACUGUUGUUGUUGCUGUCUUUUAUUUAUGUAUUUCUGUUUCAUUGUUGUGUGUAUCUGUUUUUAUUCUCUUAUGUGGACUUUAGAAUUUUAUGCACUAUUGUAUAUAUUUAAAAUUAUGUGAAAAAUCUACAAAUAGUCCGAUAUCUUUUUUUUUUUUGUUGUUGUUGUCUAUGGUCCAAUUUUUUUCAUUUUUUUUCUUUUCAGUCGGUAAAUUGUUGAACAUUUUCUGCAAUUAAAUUCUCUUCUACUUCCUAUGAUGAAUUUCAUGCAUUUUAGCAUAGAUCUUAAUGAGAAAUUUUAAACUAAAAAAAUAAUUAUUGAUAAAUGCAGACAAAGGAAACGCCAUGUUCAUGUAGUAGAGCAGUGGUGCCAUUUUUACACUCUAUCUGGGUUUGUAGAAAAAAGUAAUUGCAAAACAUGUUGCACUUUUACUUUCACACACCUGGUAUUUGUUCUGUAAUAAACUGUGAAAUAUUUGUAAAUGUGAAACAAAUUAUUUUAAUAAAGAUUAUGUUCUUAAGA